UAUUUUAGCACCGCCAAACAGACCCUUAAUACACAAUAAAAGGAGAUUCCGACAAAAAAACAAAAGCAGACCCUCCUCCUCCUCCUCCGCGGCUACCUCUUUGUCUAGCAGAUAACAAGGGAGUGGGAAAUCAGCGGUUGUGUUGGUCCACCGUCAACUUAUUUCCAGAUCGCAGAUUUCCCCUUCCAUCACUCAUCUUCGGGUGAAUAAGAGAGGUAAAAAUAAUGGCUGCAAAGCGUAUCUUGAAGGAGCUCAAGGAUUUACAGAAGGAUCCACCUACUUCUUGCAGUGCAGGUCCUGUAGCUGAAGAUAUGUUUCACUGGCAAGCAACAAUAAUGGGACCUGCUGAUAGUCCUUAUGCAGGUGGGGUGUUUCUAGUAACCAUCCAUUUCCCUCCUGAUUAUCCUUUCAAGCCUCCAAAGGUUGCAUUUAGGACCAAGGUCUUUCAUCCCAACAUUAAUAGUAAUGGAAGCAUUUGUCUUGAUAUCCUCAAAGAGCAGUGGAGUCCUGCUCUUACCAUUUCUAAGGUUUCAUUUUGCGCUGUUAAUACAUGCUGAUAACAUGUUAAUGUGCUGCAGUUCUCGUUUUUUUACUAGCAAUACAGGCAUUCACAUCACUCUCUUCCAAAUUUAUUGUUACUAGUUAUGCUUAUUGCUAAGAGUCUGUCAUCUUAUAGAUUUGUAUCCAUGUUUAUUGUCUGCAAAAUGUGUCCAUCAAGAAUCUAGAAUGUUAUUCUGAAAUGAUCAAGUGUAAUGUUACGGCAGUAAAAUUUGCAUGCCAGUCUAUGCUUGUUUGUGUAGAUAGCAAUGGUGUGUGUCUUGUUCUCCUGUUUAGCAACUUGAAUGUUCUCCUGCAGUUAAUGUUUCUUAGGAUAUAAAACACGGUUUGGCUGCAUGUUCCAUAGAUUAAGAACGUGAGGCUCUCUGUUGCUAAAAAUCAAACAGGGCUCUUCUUCUUCUUCUUUAAUUUAUCAAUGCUG